GACUGCCAGCAUCUUAGAUCCCAUUCUUGUCAGCUAUCUCCAGAAUCACCCCGGGCUCUUCUGUCCAUGAUCUACAGCCAAUGACAGGACCCAGGUGAUAACGGCACAUCGGCACAACAGCCAGACUCUCUCAUCAUCACGGGAGACCAAUCCACACUGCCUGUCCGAACCAAUUAACCUCCCGAGCCGCCGAUUGCCCAGCAUGUACUCCUCCCUCGUGCGCCUGCAAAACACCUUCAGUUUCUUCACCACGGUAGCCUUUGUAGUCGCCGCCUUCAUUGCCGCCUCCGACCUGCUCGCCCCUCGGACUCCCACCGUAAGCCUUCUCAAAACGACCAAUCUCCAAGUCGUCCGUGGUCGUCCGCACUACUACUCCUCCAAAAAGGAAGAAUACGCCAUAAUCAAAUUCUCCCUCGAAGCCGAUUUCUCAUCCCUCUUCACCUGGAACACCAAGCAGCUCUUUGUCUACGUGACCGCGGAAUGGCCGUCGGCGGGCGGCACCGGCUCGGGGCGGAACGCGACGAACCAGGCCGUCAUCUGGGACACCAUCAUCACGGCGCCUAGCGCCGACCACCUGGCCAACAUCGGCCCCGUGGCCAUGAAAAAGCUGAAGCGGAGCGCGCAGGGCAAGAGCAUCGAUCCCAGCCGUGGCAAACUCUCCCUCAAGAACCAGCGGCCCAAGUACCAGAUCACCCACCCAUCAGGCAAGGUGGCAGAGCAGGAGGACGUGGUGCUUAGGCUGCACUACAACGUUCAGCCGUGGGUGGGCGUUUUGACGUGGAACCAAGACGAGGAGUUCUGGAAAUGGAAGCCGCUUAGGGGGUCGCUGAGCAAAAAGUUUAGUUUGCCGGCGCUCAAGAAGAAGGACGAAGGGAAGAAGGAGGGGUCACGUGUUUAGCUGCAGGUCACCUCCAUACAAUGGGCUGUACAUGUUGAUUCGCAAGAAUGCCCGAGGUUGAUGCCAUUGCCCUAUAUACCGCCGUAUGCUCGCGCCCCGCCUCGCUUUAUCCGAAUGCAAGGUAUGGACAAUACAUGCA